AGAAACUCUAACUUGCCAUCUUACAUCCUUAGCUACAUGCAUGAUUUAUAUUAUUGUAUUUCCAUAUAUCAUAUAAGCUAAUUUCCCACUAACUAUAAAUAUAUACAUAAUUAAACCUAUAUAUGUAUCUACACACACCGAUCUCCCUCUCCCUCUCCCUCUCCCUCUUUAUCUUUCUCUUCCUCCUUUGCUAAUAAACUUUUCUUUGAACCUUACACGCCUUGUUGAUAUUACUCUCUUAAAUAUAUAUUUUCGUACAUUAACACAGACAUAUAUAAAGCUAAAGAUUUCUUCACGUAAUGGGUUUGAAAGAUAUUGGGUCCAAAUUGCCACCGGGGUUUCGAUUUCAUCCAAGUGAUGAAGAGUUGGUUUGUCAUUAUCUUUGCAACAAGAUUAGGGCCAAAUCUGAUCAUGGUGAUGUUGAUGAUGAUGAUGAUGAUGUUGAUGAAGCUUUGAAGGGUUCUACUGAUCUUGUGGAGAUUGACUUGCAUAUCUGUGAGCCAUGGGAGCUUCCUGAUGUGGCAAAGUUAAACGCAAAGGAAUGGUACUUCUUCAGUUUCCGUGAUCGAAAGUAUGCUACUGGAUAUCGCACGAACAGAGCGACAGUAAGCGGAUACUGGAAAGCAACAGGAAAAGAUCGAACGGUGAUGGAUCCACGUACAAGGCAAUUGGUAGGGAUGAGAAAAACACUAGUGUUCUACAGAAACAGAGCACCAAAUGGGAUCAAAACUACUUGGAUCAUGCACGAGUUCCGUCUUGAGUGUCCUAACAUCCCACCUAAGGAAGACUGGGUCUUGUGCAGAGUGUUCAACAAAGGCAGAGACUCAUCGCUACAAGACAAUAAUUAUUAUAACAAUGAUAAUCAGACGCAAAGGCUUGAAGUUAAUGACGCUCCGGAUCUUAAUUACAACAAUCAGUUGCCACCUUUGCUAUCAUCCCCUCCUCAUAAUCAUCAACAUGAGAAGAUGAAAAUCCAAGUUUGUGAUCAGUGGGAGCAGCUAAUGAAGCAGCCUUCAAGGACCACCGGCCACCCCUAUCAUCACCAUUGUCAUCAUCAAACCAUAGCAUGUGGUUGGGAGCAGAUGAUGAUCGGUUCGCUGUCAUCACCUUCGAGUCAUGGCCCUGAUCACGAGUCCUUGCUAAAUUUGCUUUACGUCGACAAUAACAACAGUGUCAACAUCAGUGGUGAUCAUCAUCAGAAUUAUGAGAAGAUUUUGUUGUCAUCACUAGACAUGACGAGUUUGGAUCACGACAAGACAUGUAUGGGAUCAUCAUCGGAUGGUGGUAUGGUCUCUGAUCUUCACAUGGAAUGUGGUGGAUUGAGUUUUGAGACCGAAAAUAUCCUCGCUUUCCAAUGAACAUAAUUCAAGGGGUUCGCCAAUUUGUUGAUUCGUGAAUUAUACAAACAUUUUAUCUAUAGAUUUAUCACAUUAUCAAACAUGUAAGUUGUGUGGCAUUUGGGUAUAGGGUUUGUGUGAUUCUAGGUUUUUAGGACGAUGUAUGUUGUUAUAUUUAGCGUGUUUUUAGGAUUUAUUCUCAUUUUAAAAUUAUAUGAAAACCCAUUACUAUGAAUACAAUUAGUUUUCUUUGUUGU